AUGAAGAUAUAUGACUUCAUGAAAGUCGACUCUCUCUCCCCAAAGGAAAGACCCAUUCGCCUCUUUGGCUUCGAGUUUGGAACUUCUCAUCAAGAAUCUGACUACAAAGACAAUUACUACGAGGACAGUAAAACCAUCAACGAAAGUAGUAUCGAUCAUAACAAUGACAAAGACAAGAGAUUCAAGUGCCACUACUGUUGCCGGAACUUCCCUACUUCACAAGCCCUAGGUGGCCAUCAAAACGCUCACAAGAGAGAGCGUCAACAAACCAAACGCUUCCACCUCCAUCCAAACGCAGCCGCUUUCUUCCACCGCCACCAUGACCACGUUGCUGCUUCUAGGUUCUACGAGGAUCAUUUUAGCCUUGAAGCUCCUCGCAUCAAUGGAGCUAGAUUAGGGUUUUGGAGUAGGUAUAACUCAUCAUCAAGAUUUAAUCCUUACCCUUCGUCUUACAAUAGAUAUACGCAUCUGUUCAUCGGAGAUCACCGGAGUAGACCGAGGUAUGUUGGUGGUGGUAAGAACAGGCAUGACUUAUUUUACGAGUCCAAGACGAAUGUGCCGGACCACGUGAGUUUGGAUUUACGCCUCUAG